CCACAAAAUCCCAACCGAAGACAAAUUUCCGGUUUUUCGGCCAGGCCCGAAUUUCCCACGGGCACGGCCCAGGAUGGCGUUGGCUCCUGGUAUAAAUUCGCAGGCCAUCUCUAUUCACCAUUCAGUCGAGCUAGAGAGAGCACGGAGACAACACAUCAUACCACACACGCCACACAAAAUGUUCUUCAUACUCAACCUAAUCCUGGCCAUCACCGGCUCUUCGGCGGGCGUCAUUGAGCCCAUGAACUAUUACCAGUACACCCAGUUCCAGGCACCGCUCUCAUGGGAGGCCAUUACCAGCGCGGGCCUGAAGCAGGCGCUUUCCAGUUGCCAGGAUAGCUUCAAGUGGCAGCGCUGGAACUGCCCCAGCACGGACUUUGUCAAGCGGCACACUGCACCGGCUACGCCGACGCCGGAGCGAGAGGAUGUCUACGUGGCCGCCAUCUCCAUGGCCUCCAUCGUCCACAAGUUGACCAAGGAUUGCGCCAACGGAGUCAUCGCCGGCUGCGGAUGCACAGGAAACGCCUUGAACGUGCCCUGCUCCCAUGAGCCGCUCAAGGCCGUGGAACUCUACGAGAAGCGGUUUGGAAGCGGCUCGGGCGCCGCUGCCCACAACCAGAGGGUGAUCGGCUCGCUGCUGCAGCAGUCCUUAGUGCAGGAGUGCCGCUGCAAGCAACCCGGCCCGCAGGGCAAGUGCCUCGAGGAGGAGUGCGUCAAAGUGCUGAAACCGUUCGAGGCGGUGGCCCAGGACCUGCUGCAGAUGUACGACGACGCCAUCCAGCUGGACAGCACUGCCAGCAAUCUGAAGAUCAUGUGGGAGAACAUUCCCCUCGACUCGCUCGUCUUUAUGCAGGACUCACCGAAUUAUUGCGAACCAGAGGCCAGCGGCCGCUGGACGGGCACCCGAGGCCGCCAGUGCUCCAAAGAUGGCAGCGGCUCGGUGGAGGAGCGCCUCUCCUGCCAGCAGCUCUGCCGCGUCUGUGGCUACCGCGUGCGCACCCAGCACGUGCGCAGCGAGCGGCGUUGUAACUGCAAACUGGUCUGGGGAUUCCGGCUCCAGUGCGACGUUUGUGUCCAGCUGGAACGACAGCACACCUGCUACUAGGGGUGCCAAGAAUUGGACUGCGGGGCGCUGGUCAAGCCUCACAAAAACUUAGAUUUAAAUUAAUUUAUUUGUUUCCACCGUUUAUUUAUUUCUACCACAAACACCAUCAAUAAAUACGUAAUUUACGAGUAAAACAUAAAA